AGGAGAGGGAGGCGAGCUGAGCGCAUCCCAAAGUUUCAGGCUGCAGCUGUUCGGACACCGCAGACACGAGGACCAGCGUAUGUGGGAUGAGGGGUCUCGUCGGUGCUUGAGGAAGUGUUCUGGAGGAGAAACGGACUGGGCGAGAACUAAUGUGGUGAUUUAGAAGGAGCUGCAGUUAUUCUUCGGCUUAACCAGGAACAUCUGACAACAAGAAGGCUGUUAACGUCCCUUUGUCAUGUCACGAAAACAGUCGGAAGAGCUGCGUAAACAGAUUCCGCAUUCAGUAGACUGAAGAUCGAACUGGAUGAAGCCAGUUUUCAUUUAUGACUGACGAACUUAAAAAACGCAAACUCACCUUCUUAGAACCUUGUAAUUCAUUUCCUACCGCUUGUUGUUUCUCUACUUGUCAAGGGAAGCAGUUUUUAAAGAAAUCAUCCCAAAGGGAAACAGCGAAAGAAACUUAUUUCAACACCUGACAGCUCUGACCCACUUAUCACGCUCCAACUAGUUGGGCUGAAGGAAAAACUUUGCAUUUAGCAGGCAACAUCAGCAAAGGGGAUGCACUGUUUUAUAUUCCGGGCCAUUGAUCCACUAACCUCCUGCUCUAAUUAGCCACACACAAAUACCCGCACAUGUGCGCGCACAAACAAACACGUGGUGUUGCUGGCCUCUGCAGGUGCUUUAAAUAGUCUUGUGAUUGUAACCCUUGUGUCUGGUUCUCAGUUCAGUGACACAACACCCAGACACCCACACUUACACAGCUAUACCCAAUUGGGUGUUAGAAGUCCAUCUGCACACCAUUAACUCCCACUGACCUUGACUGUGAUCAGACACAUGUUUGCGUUAGCAGGAGACAGUGUCACAUCCUGUCUGCUCUGAUUGAGGGUGAGAAUGAGAGUUGUUGUGGCAGAGUGGCGCUGAUAAAUUUUACUGCCUGAGGGUUGGCCAAGUAGUUGAUAUUAAUUGUAAAGUGGUGUGUGUGUGUGUGUGUGUGUGUGUGUGUGUGUGUAUGCAUGUGUGUCUGUUGCAUUGUUAGAGCAGAUGAAAGCCGGGACUGUUUGGGUCAUGUCACUUUGACCUAGAUUUGAUGAAAUAAACUGGCCACCAGAGUGAAACGUGUGCAAGUCCUGCUGAGAUCAAAAUACACAUAUUUUUGACAAAUACAUUAAACUCUCUGAACUAGAGAUUGCGCUGCAGUCUUCUUACUUGUUAACUACCAGCUAACUUAGGCUACCUAACUACUACACCCAAUAAACAGGGUCUGCAAAAUAAAACUUGUAGAGUGCCUUUUUAUUUAGCCUCAUAAUCAAACUCCCAGUCUCCAGUUUGGCCUCAUUCUCUGUGCCGCCCCUCAUGAACACCUUCCCUUCCUUCUCCACACCUCCUCCAAACACAGCAACCAUCCAGUCAGUCUGUAAGCCCUGCCUUCGGGCCCCGUGGAGGAUGAAUGAUGUGCCCACACUUGACUAUGAGUUGCUGCUGUCCCCGGCUAGCUCCUCCCUCCCGGGGAGUCCUGGCGGUGGCAGCAGCAACCCCCCUCUGGCCCUGGUUGGGGUGGACGCUGAGCAGCGCACUGCCUUGGCCUUUGUAGGCCUCCUCAUGCUAUUCCUGGUCUUCCUGCUGGUCAGGUGCUUCAGGAUCCUGCUGGACCCCUACAGCCGCAUGCCUGCAUCAUCCUGGACUGACCACAAGGAGGGGCUGGAGAGGGGUCAGUUUGAUUAUGCUCUUGUGUAGGGUGAUGUCUCAACUGUGUAGAAAAGGGAAUAUUUCAUUGUACACAGACAGCAUCUUUUACAGCAUUGUCUAAUUUAGAAGUGAAGGUGGACAGUAGAAAUGCAUAGUAUUGUGAAUGCACUCUAGAAGGGAGGUUUACCUGAUGUUGGCCUAUGCCUAGUUUAUAUCACUGUACUGCAGUCUGCGUACUAGUGUAAAUAUGAGGCUCCCUAUUUAACCAUAACAAGUCUGGUUCACCAAGAGGCACACCAUGCAAGCCAAACACUCACCCAAACCAACAUGUUUGACCAUGAAGAAAAACAGAAAUAACGAGCUGCACAGCUGCCUUAACCUGACCUAAUGUACUAGCCUAACAUGCCACCACCUCACAGCAUCACUUUAGGGCUAGGUUUUGCAAAUUCCACCGCUUGUCAGAUCACGACAGUUUUUUUCAAAGCUACGUUUUUAAUGAGAACUCGUAACACGCAGAACACAGGCAAAACCUGAAUGAAGGAGUUUACACUUAAUGCAGAUGCCCCUUUAAUGAACCAAGGUCCAUUACAAAGCAUCCAUGUGUUCAGUGCUGAUCAAGUAGCACAAAUCCUCACUUGUUUUGAUUUCGGACACUGAUCCUCGAGCAGCACUGCAGUCCCAGAUGCUUUUUAAGGCCCAAGCAGGUAGUUUAUAUCGCCAUGAAAUCUCGUCCGUGUAUGUUUCGUGUGUUACUGUGUCUAUAACUGAGAAGCCAUAUUGAAACUAUAUAAUCUCUUAUUACUGCAAGUAAAAUUUUUGUUCUUGGUUGUGUCCUUUGCUUUAGUAAGCCUGCCAAGUGUGGUGAUGAAUCAAACAGCAACCUUUAGGCAAAAAAAAGCUUUAUUUUUCUAUUCUUGACUCAAGUUUGGGAGUCUCCUUUUUGCUAUCUUUCUGUCCUUUUCCUCUUACUCUAUCAAUCUUAGACUGUGGGUUUUUGAGGUAGUCAUGCAGCCACGUCUUAGAAAGAAGCAAAGCAGGUAGCUUUGCUUUUUUUUGUGUUUUGUAAUCAUAUAUUUUUCUGACUAUCUGCUUUGUUUUUGAUACACUGCGCUGAAUCAGUGAAAAUAAAAAAGAUUUUCUUCCUCAAUUACUCUUCUCUAAUUUCCACCGAUAGCUGGACUGUGUGGAGGUUCCACAUUGUUCAUGUUGGAAAUUAAAUAAAAU